AUGAGUGUACUAGUGUACUUUGCUUGUACUUUACUUGCUUUGCUUGUACUUUACUUGUACUUUACUUGUACUUUACUUGUACUUUACUUGUACUUUACUUGUACUUUACUUGCUUUGCUUGUACUUUGCUUGUACUUUAAUUUUGUCUUUACUUUACUUGCGUACUCUACUUUUGUCUUUACUUGGGUGCUUGCACUUGUAUUUGUAUACUUACAGAUGUGUACUUGUGCUUGUACUUGUAUUUGUAUUUGUAGUUGUAUUUUACUUGUAAUUGUACUUAUACUUGUACUAAUACUUGUACUUAUACUUGUACUCCCUUAUAUUUGUCUUCACCUGUCUGUACUAGUCUUGUACUUAUACUUAUACUUAUACUUCUCUUGUUAUUUGCUUGCGUUUGUCUUGUACAUUACUUGUAUUUGUCUGUACUCGUCUGUACUUAUCUGUAGUUUACUUGUACAUCUCUAUUGUCUGUACUUGUCGCACUUAUCUAUACUUGUCGCACUUGUCUAUACUUGUCGUACUUGUCUAUACUUGUCGUACUUGUCGUACUUGUCGUACUUGUCUGUACUUGUCGCACUUGUCUGUACUUGUCGCACUUGUCUGCACUUGUCGCACUUGUCUGCACUUGUCGUACUUGUUGUACUUGUAGUCUUGUAG